CCUACAUUUGCGCAUGCGUCAAGCUUUCUGGCGUUGCAGUGUGGCAAGUCUACUGGAGCAAGCAACGCGAUUACCUCAGAAACUGAGUCAUCCUGCCCGAUUUAGACAUUUAUUUAUCACUUACAGUUUGCAGAACUGUCCAGCGACCACAUUAGACGAUUUUGUCCCGGGUUGUUUGGCUAGCUAUUACGCAGGAGAAGAUUGUGCAGAGUGCGCAUUGACUCUGUUGGGAACUUCGCGAUUGUCUCUCAGCAUUGUUUGUGCUCAGCUGCCGGCUAACACCGUUUUUGCCGUUUGGAGGUCAGGCUUCCCCACAAGCGUAGCUGUCCAGCUACAGCAUCUUCUCUCCUCGCAGAGAUACAGCGCAUCAGUACAGUUCUCAGAGUGAAAUUGUGGACAAGUUUGGGUAAUUUUCUUUCUCUCUCAAAAAUGGCCGCAACAACGUUCGAAAUGGACGGAAGUGUGAUGGAGGGGGGAGGCCAAAUUUUGAGAUUGUCUGCUGCUCUUAGCUGCAUUCACGGCACGUCAAUCAAAAUAAACAAAAUUCGAGCUGGCAGAAGCACGCCAGGUUUAAGGCCUCAGCAUCUGAUGGGUCUGGAGCUGGUCAGGGACCUGUGCGGUGGCAGUUUGGAGGGCGCUGCGAUCGGAUCCACAGAAGUCACUCUCUCUCCUGGCACAAUCAAAGGGGGCAAUCACAUCGCCGACACCCAGACCGCAGGGAGUGUAACACUGCUGAUGCAGGUGUCGAUGCCGUGCGCCCUGUUUGCCCAGGGUCCCUCUGAGCUCUGCCUGAAGGGCGGCACCAACGCCGAGAUGGCGCCACAGAUCGACUACACCCUCAAGGUGUUUAAGCCCAUCGUGGAGAAGUUUGGGAUAAACAUGGACUGUGACCUGCGGAUGAGGGGUUACUACCCUAAGGGUGGUGGAGAGGUGGUGCUGAAGGUGAACCCGGUUAAAGAGCUCAGCCCCAUCAACAUGAUUGAGCGCGGAAACAUCACCAAGAUCUACGGCAGAGCCUUCACAGCCGGAGUCCUGCCCUCCAAGCUGGCGAAGGACAUGUCCACGGCAGCGGUGCGCGCCAUCAGGAGGGAGAUCAAGGAUCUGUACGUCAACAUCCAGUCCGUGCAGGAGAAGGAGAAGGCCUGCGGCAACGGCAAUGGCAUCAUCAUCAUCGCUGAAUCCUCCACUGGCUGCAUAUUUGCUGGCUCUGGUCUAGGGAGGAAAGGUGUCUAUGCAGAUAAGGUGGGCAUUGAAGCUGCUGAGAUGCUUCUCAGGAACGUCCGACACAACGGCUGCGUGGACGAGUUCCUUCAGGAUCAGCUCAUCAUCUACAUGGCCCUGGCUAAGGGGACGUCUCGCAUGCGUACCGGCCCCAUCACCCUUCACACACAGACCGCCAUCCACGUCGCCGAGCAGCUCACCAAGGCCACGUUUGCGGUCCGCAAGGCGGAGGAUGAGAACGCCAGCAACGACACUUACAUCAUCGAGUGCCAGGGAGCAGGCGUGGAGAACCCCCAUCUUUGAACACACACGCUCACACACACGUACGCACACACACGUACGCACACAUACGUACACACACACACACAUACACACACACGUACACACACUACUGUUAUCCGUUGGUCGGGGGGGGGCGGGCAGGCAGGCUGACCCCCACCCCCCUCACCCCCAGUGAAGGAGUGAUCAUUAAUUUCUAGUCUGUGCCCCCCCCUCCAGUAAGCCCCCCCCACCCUCUCUGUGUCUCAGGGCUUAUCCGUACACUGUAAUGUCCAUUCCUCUGACCUCACCUGCCCAGCUACCAAUCAGGAAGAGACUUCUCUCUGCUCCCCUCACUCAUAGCCAAUGAGCUUCUCUCACUCAGUCUCACUCACACACAGAGAUCCUCUCCCAGAACACUUCUCCCCGUUUCUCACUACACCAGCUAGUGCUGUUAACGUAGGGCAGCCAACAGGGUCAAACAGCAUACUUAGCCAGAGUAGUGCACUGCAUCUACACGGAUCAUCCAUAUUAAACUGGAGAAGUGUACUGCAUCUACACGGAUCAUCCAUAUUGAACUGGAGAAGUGCACUGUACACAUAUCUUCCAUACUAAGCUGGAGUAGUGUACUGUGUCUGUAAGGAUCAUCCAUACUAAACUGGAGAAGUGUACUGUAUCUACACAGAUCAUCCAUACUAAACUGGAGAAGUGUACUACACAGAUCAUCCAUACUAAACUGGCGAAGUGUACUGUAUCUACACAGAUCAUCCAUACUAAACUGGAGAAGUGUACUACACUGAUCAUCCAUACUCCAUGUGGGGACCACAAAGCUGCUCCUAGAGUCUCCUAAAUUAUUUAAAUUCUUUUGUUUUCUGUCACACUGAGUGCUCUCGAGGAAACACCCAGCUGGGGGGGUCUAGGAGGGUGUGUUCCUCAAAA